CAGCCUUCCGAGCCUAUCAAUGACAUGUCCCCAUCAGGGCUGCUAUAAAAUCAGACCCUUUCCCAUGAAACAUCAGCAAACAUUUUGACGGGUCUGGCUUUCCCCCCCGCUGCAUUUCUGGAGUCUCUACCCUCCUCUCCCCUCACCACCUCCCCUCACCAUCACCACCGACACCCACCCCUCUUUUGGCGGAGCCCAGAGCCUCACCAUCUCCUGCCACGGAUAGGCAGUGGUCACGGGGAAGCGAAGCCAGACAAGGGAAGACCUACUGAGGAGGGGGAGCCGUACACAGAGACAUUUUCUUGGAGGAGCCAGUUUGCCAUUGAUGGGAAGAGGAUGCAUUGUGGGCUGCUGGAGGAGCCUGAUAUGGAUUCCACAGAGAGCUGGAUUGAAAGAUGCCUCAACGAGAGCGAGAGCAAGCGGUAUUCCAGCCAUACAUCCCUGGGGAAUACGUCCAAUGACGAAAAUGAGGAGAAAGAAAACAACAGGGCUUCUAAACCCCAUUCAACACCAGCUACCCUACAAUGGCUGGAGGAGAACUAUGAGAUUGCAGAAGGGGUUUGUAUCCCCCGCAGUGCUCUCUAUAUGCACUACCUGGACUUCUGUGAGAAGCACGACACACAGCCUGUCAACGCCGCCAGCUUUGGGAAGAUUAUUAGACAACAGUUUCCACAACUGACCACAAGAAGACUGGGCACCAGGGGCCAGUCAAAGUACCACUACUAUGGCAUCGCUGUGAAGGAGAGCUCCCAGUACUACGAUGUGAUGUACUCCAAGAAGGGUGCGGCGUGGGUGAACGAGACAGGCAAGAAGGAGGUCAUCAAGCAGACAGUGGCGUAUUCACCACGCUCCAAACUGGGGACGCUCCUGCCAGAGUUUCCAAAUGUCAAAGACUUAAAUCUUCCCGCCAGUCUGCCAGAGGAGAAGGUGUCAACGUUCAUCAUGAUGUACAGAACUCACUGCCAGAGGAUACUGGACACAGUAAUACGCGCCAACUUUGACGAGGUCCAGAGCUUCCUGCUGCACUUUUGGCAGGGCAUGCCCCCCCACAUGCUCCCUGUCCUGGGCUCCUCCACUGUGGUCAACAUCGUGGGCGUCUGUGACUCCAUUCUUUACAAGGCAAUCUCUGGGGUUCUUAUGCCCACCGUCCUGCAAGCACUACCUGAUAGUUUGACCCAGGUGAUCCGGAAGUUUGCCAAACAGCUGGAUGAGUGGCUUAAAGUAGCACUUCACGACCUGCCUGAAAACCUGAGGAAUAUCAAAUUUGAAUUAUCUAGAAGAUUUUCUCAAGUUCUCAAGAGGCAGACAUCUUUGAACCAUCUAUGUCAGGCGUCACGGACGGUGAUCCACAGUGCAGACAUCACCUUUCAGAUGAUGGAGGACUGGCGGAACGUGGACCUGAACAGCAUCACCAAGCAGACACUUUACACCAUGGAGGACACAUGGGAGGAGCACCGGCGGCUCAUCAUCGACUUGUACCAGGAGUUUGACCGUCUGCUGGAGGAGCAGUCUUCUAUAGAGGCCUACAUCGAGUGGCUGGACUCCAUGGUGGACCGCUGUGUUGUCAAGGUGGCAGGAAAGAGGCCCGGGUGCCUGAAGAAGGUGGCCCAACAGUUCCUGCUCAUGUGGUCGUGCUUCGGGACCAGAGUCAUCCGGGAUAUGACCCUCCACAGUGCGCCUAGCUUCGGCUCGUUCCACCUGAUCCACCUGAUGUUUGAUGACUAUGUGCUGUACCUGCUGGAGUCCCUGCACUGCCAGGAGAGGGCAAACGAGCUCAUGAGGGCCAUGAAGGCAGAGGGUAGCACAGCUGAACAAGAGGAAGAAAUGAUGCUGACGGAGACCACGCCCACCUCCACGUCCCCAGGGCCAUUUUCCCCACCGAAGUCUGUCACCUCAGUUGGGGUCCCAGCCGCCAGCUCCCCCACCGCUGCCCAGUCCCCAGAGUACGCAGGGGCCACAGCCACCACAGGCGCUGUUCAGUCAUAUACCUGGUCCCUUACGUACACAGUGACAACGUCAGGCGGCACUCCUCCCGAGGGCGGACAGCAGCAGCCCUGCAUGCGCAGCGGUGCACCCGUGCCCCCUCCCUCCUCCACCCAUCGACUACCAGUCUACGCCCACAGGGACGAGCACGGGUUUACUGGGAGCUAUAACUACGGGAGCUACUCUAACCAGCACCCCCACUCCAUCCAGAGCCAGUACCCCAGUCUAGCCCACGAACCAGGCAUCCCUGCCCCCCUCCACUAUCCCGCCUACCACCGCACCUCUGCACAGUACCCGCUCAAUAGCCAGAUGUCUCGGAUGGAGCCAUGCUUGAUGGGAGGUGCUCCUCGGCUGCACCCUACACCCGUGGCCCCACGGUGGGCGGAUGUCUCCCCAGCCAACAGCUGUUACACCAGUCCCCCUAUGCACUCCUCCCGCUACGCCGCCUCUGGAGACAUGUACUCCCCCCUGGCCCCUCGCAGGAACUCUGAAUACGAACACUCACAACACUUUCCCGGCUUCGCUUACAUAAAUGGAGAGGCCACCACAGGCUGGGCCAAGUAGGCUUCCUACUCAUCCCUCAGAGAGCAGAGCUGUCCUGAGCACAGUCAUGCCCAAGCAGCCUGCCAAGCCUAUGGAUGCAAACGUCCCACUGUCUUUCCCCAACACGACCCAGAGGCACCUAAUCAGGAGUAUCAGUGUAAUGGUAGGGGAGAGAGGCUGGAGAGUAUCAAAACUGGGUAACCUUGUUAACUUGACCCGCAGGCCACAGCACAGACAAACAAGAUUCAGGACUUCUUCUCACAUUACACAAUCAGAAUAUUGUGGCUUAGGCCUAGUCUGUUGAGGGCAAUAAUCGCCUCAAUGGUGGUGGUUUGUUGUUUGCAGAAAAUGGCUGUGCAAACCCUUUGGGAUUAUAGAAACAGAGGCAGUCGGAAGAAUCUCACAUGUGGAAGUGUGCAGUGUGAGACUGCCCAGCUGUGCCUUUUCAGUUAAUGAACACCCAUCCCUGCCCGGCAACCUGCCAAGUCAACAAACACUGAUCAUCACCCCUCCCUCCCUGUACUGGGACACUAAUGUGCGCAACUCUGUUUACGUUAUAUACUGUGGCUGACGUCAGUACAGUAUUUUAACGAUGCACACCAUUUUCUCUUGGUCAACACUUACUCAGAGUAGGCCUCUGCGACAUUGUCCAGAAGACAUGCUAGCCUGCUGCAAAACCAGGGUCAUAUUCAUUAGGGCACACCGUAGCAAUACAUUUUGGAACGGAAAAUGAACAUGAAUGUUUCUUAUGUGAUAAAUUAAGGUUGUCGCUCCCUGUUUGUCUGUUUUCUUCCGUUUGGUGCCUAAUGAAUACAACCCAGGAUGGAUUGCCUUAAUGUUUCACCACUGGAGCCCUGUCAUGUCAAUUGGCAUACAGCCAGAAAACUAUGAGAGAAGUUUAUGGCUGAGACAAAGCUAAACAUGUGGAGAGCCUUUAUUAGCUUGUCAGUUUCACAUGAAUAGUUUUUUUUAAUGAUCGAGUGCUGUGCCUCAGCCAGAUUCUUUGUGUGCUGUGUCAUAACCUCUGUUGCUGUAUUUGUGGGAUGAGGAAGACACUAUAGAUAUAUUCUCUGUAACUUUGUAACAUUGUGUUCUUUUUUGUUUUCUGUGUUACAGUUGGUAUUUUGUUUUCGUUUUUUUAUGGAUAUAGUUAAGGAAACAUUAACCUAGUUGUGUGUGUUUUAUAAUGCACGCAAAGCUACUGUGGACCUAUUACCCUAUGGGUAGGAAUAAAAAGGAACAAAUAUCAAAGUGUAACACACAUGAA